AUGUAUAUUGCUUGUCACAAAAGAAAAGGUACGAUUUACAAAGUAAGAUNUCAUAAACUGAAAUAUAUACAAAAUCCUUUAUUACGUUCUCUUAAUCAAGAAACGCUAAGCCGAAGAACUUUAGCAUUAGCUGAAAAAAAUGGAAAGAAUAAUAGAAAUCGGCGUGAUUCAUUAGCAGGUUGGACGAAAUCAGACGCUGAAUUAGUGAUUCAACAAGCGAAACAAGAAAAAGAUAACUAUAAUAAUCGACUACAACAAAUUCGGGCACAAAACAGUGCCGAACAUACAGAAUAUACACGACAUUUACAAAAUACAGUUGGAGAUAACUAUCAACAGUUCAAUUGGAAUUAUGUGAAUCUUUGGUGA